AUGACCAGCCAUGAGUUGCAACACACUCCUGCUAUUAAGCCAGACAUUGUUGACUCACUUGUGACUUUCUGUGACACACACAUUCCAGUUAUACUCCAACUCACUGAAAAGAUGCCAGAUUGGCAACCAACACAAGAGCAACACAUGUGGUUGAUGCCACACUUAACCAAAUUCAAACUGCGAGUCCCACACAGCAAGGAACCUGCAUUCUGGGCACAGUUGAAUGACCAAUGGUUGCUGAAAUGGCCUGAGCAAACUUUGCAAUGGCCUGAUCAUCUAGCAGGAGAUGUGUUGACUGAAGAUGAAGAGAAGGAACUCUCUGCUGCUGAAAAGGCAAGGAAACAAGCUGUUGCAGGACUGCUGAUGGAUGUUGUGUCAAAUUCAAUUUCCUGA